AUGAAUUACUCCCUGCCCAUACGGCAGCUUGCCCUGGAAGAUAUCUCCCCUAAUACAUCGACCAAUACUCAUAAUGAGGCAUCGACUACUUCACCAACUAUCUUCCAUCUGCCAGUAUUUCAAGCAUCCAAUCAUGAUUUAAGAUCUAUUGAUCGUUCAGUAUCUCCUCGAGACAUUGAACGUCAAGAUAUUACAUCACGAUUAGAACAUGAAUUAACCAGUAAAUAUCCAACUUAUUUAAAUACAAUUGAAGAACAAAUAGAUUUACGUUUAGCAUCAUCAAAUAAUCCAACCAUUGUAAUGGAAUUAGAUCUUGAUGGGAAUGUAACAUAUUUAUCGAAGAAUUGGGAAUUUAUUAUAGGAACUUCAAUUAAGAAGAUUAUUCAUCAUCCAAUUUCUAAAAUAUUAAUUGGUAAUAAUGAUGAAGAUCUUCAAGUAUUUAAUCAUGCAAUAACUAAAAUGAUUACUGAUGAUGUUAGUUAUAAAGUAAAAUUCAUUACUGCUACAAAUACUACGCCUUUAGCAAAUCCAUUAAUGCAAUCUGAAUUAAAUGCUGAUGAAGUUUCUAUAUUAACUCCUAAUAAUUCUUUAGCGGAAUUAUCAGAUUCUCAAGUACCUAUCCCCAUAGAAGAUUAUAUACCUAUGACUAAGGCUACAGAAGAACAACAACAGCAACAACAACAAGAACAACGAGAACAUCAAGAACAGCAAGAACAAGAACAAUAUGAUCACGAUCAAGAGCAUCAACAUGAUUCAGAUGAUAAUUCAUCAACUAUUUCAUCUAAAUUAUCCAAUAAUGGAGAUAUAAUUGAAUUAGAAGCUCAAGGAAUCCUUAUUCAUGAUUCUAAAACUAAAUUACCUACACAUUCUAUGUGGACUAUCAAACCAUUUGUUCAUAUUGAUCUUGAUCUAACAAUUCCUGAUACUCUUAUAAAUCUUUUAGGAUUUGGAGCCGAAAUCUUUGAAGGUUAUUUAUUUAAUUUAAAAGAAUUAGGAAUUAUUGAUGAAGAUGCUGUACCACAACCAAAGACAAUUCUUUGUAGAAUUUGUGAAUCUCAAAUCCCCGCAUGGUUCUUAGAGAAACAUAGUGAUUUAUGUUUAGUUGAACAUAAAGUUGAUGAAGAAUUACAAGCAUGUCAUGAAUCAUUAAGUGAUCAAAGAGAUUUAAUCUAUAGAAUUCAAGAUUCAUUACUUUUACAACUGAACCCUCCUCUUCCUACUGGUCCCCCAUUAGAUUCAAAUAUGUCUUCUACUUCAUUAUCAUCUUCAAUAUCUUUAAAUUCAACUACAGCAUCAAUUGCUUCAUUAGCUUCUUCAUCAUCUGAAGAACCUCAACUAUUACUUGAUUAUAAAGGAUUACCCUUACCAUUAGUUUCUAAAGAUUCAGAUUUACCAUCUUCAUCAAGUUCAGGAUCAUUUUCAUCUCCUAGACUUGCAAAUCAAGUAUUACAAAAGAAUUUUCAAGCUAAGAAGAAAUUCCCCUUUGGAAUUUUAACUCGACUUAUUGAUUUAUGUGAUGAAGCAUUACUUAUAAAUCCUCCAAUUCAUGAUAGUAUUCAUGAAAUUCAAUUCUCUCCCACUACAGAACGAGCCUUAUCAAAAAUUAUGAAUUCUAAUCUCUUUUUAGAAACAAAUGAUCCAGCAAUUCGUCUUAUAAUUGAUGAUACUCAAAAUUUAAUUAAUGAGAAGGUAGAAACUUUAUCUCGAUUAAUAUCUAUCUUACAACUUAGUGAUAGAAUUAAGAAAGAUGUUGAUGAAGGAGUUCUUCAAACCGUUCGAGAGACUGUGACUAAAAUUAAAGAACAAAGUGCCCCAAAUAAUCUAUUACUUAAUGAUCUGAAUGAUUCUACCACCACCACCACCACCACCGAUAAAGUAUUACAUUCUCCUCAACCUUCACGAGCUAGAAGUCCUCGACUAUUUGGUAAUGAAUCAUUUGAAGGUAAAUCAGUAACUCCUAAAGAUAUUUUACUUCAACAACAUCGUCUGACAUCUCCUCGAGUUUCAUCUCAACUUCAUAUAACUACGAGUCAUUCAUCUUCUACAUCUUUACAUGCUCCUGUACCUCAAGUUCAAAGAAUUAAUAGUACAGCCAUGGGUUCAAUUAAUUCUUCAAGUUCUUCACUUUCAAGAGAACUUAUUGAAUCAAUGCAACAACUUGAUUUAUCUAAGAAAUCAAGUGAAAAUAUGCUUAAUUCAUCAUCAUUUUCUUCUCCAAGACGUCAUUUAUCUCCAGCUCCUUAUGUUGAUAAACCUCAUCUUUCUUCAUUACAAAGAAAUCCAUCUCGAAUAGAAACUCCUUCUCAAUCUCCUUCAAUCGAUGCAACUAAUGAUAAUUUACCAACCCCAACUCCACCUCCUCCAAUUGCUUAUAUUCCACCCACUUUAACUCUGACACUGACACUGACACUGAAUCUGAAUCUGAAUCUGAUUCUGAUUCUGGGUCAACCUCCUUUAUUACCUCCAGUAUUAACGGCAAGUACUAGUUCAAAUUCCAGUAUGAAUAAUGAAGGUAGAAGAACUAAUUCUGGUGGAACUCUUAGUAUUCCAACCAGUACUAAAAAUUCAAUUAGUAAUGCUAGUAAACCUCCAUUAUCUCCAUUAUUAGUAUCAACUACUCCCACUUCAAAGCCUAGUGGAGGAGGAAUUAAAGAUUAUGAAAUUAUUAAACCUAUUUCUAAGGGAGCCUUUGGAUCAGUUAUAUUAGCUAAACGAAAAAUUACUGGAGAUUAUGUGGCUAUAAAAUGUUUAAAGAAACGAGAUAUGAUUGCUAAGAAUCAAAUACUUAAUGUUAAAUCUGAACGAGCAGUUAUGAUGAGACAAACUGAUUCACCAUAUGUGGCACAAUUAUAUAGUAGUUUCCAAUCUAAAGAUUAUCUUUAUUUGGUAAUGGAAUAUUUACAUGGAGGUGAUGUAGCUGCACUUCUUAAAAGUCUUAAAACUUUAGGAGAUUGGUCAAAACGAUAUAUUGCAGAAAUUAUUGUAGGAGUUGAUGAUUUACAUAAACGAGGAAUAAUUCAUCGAGAUUUAAAACCAGAUAAUAUCUUAAUUGAUGGUAGUGGACAUUUAAAAUUAACUGAUUUUGGACUUUCUCGAAUUGGAGUAGUAGGUAGACAAAAUAGGGAUCAUCGAAAGAGUAGUACAUCUGAACAAGCCAUUGAAAUCUUUCGAAAGGGGAUUAAUCAAUAUAAUCAAUAUAAUCAAAGUCCUCUAGCUAAUACUAAUGCUAAUGCUAAUGCUAAUGCUAAUUCUAGUACUAAUACUAAUAAUAUGAAUAUGAAUAUGAGUAUUAAUACUAGUACUAAUACUAGUACUAAUGCUAAUAUGAGUCUUAAUAUAGGUAUAGAUUCUCCUCUUUCUGAUUUCCAUCAUAAGAGAACAAGUUCAGUAACUCCAUUCUCAUUAUCUCCAACUUUAGAUCAUACUCGAUUAUCUACAGGGAAUUAUAUAACUUCUCCAACCCUUUCAUAUUUGGAAACUUUCUCCAAUCUUCAUAAUACUUCCCAACCAAAUCCUUCAUCUCUGGGUCUGUCAACUCAUGCUCUGAGAGCUGGAUCAUAUUUUAAACCUACAAGAUCAGGAUCAGGAUCUAAUAGUGGAUUAGAAUCUCCUUUAUUAAAACCAAUAUUACCUCGUACAUCUUCUGAAUCUUCAUUUGCAAUAUUUGAAGAUGAUAUUCAAAUUAGUCCUUAUCAAAAUACUAUUAAUACUCCUCCUGCUAUACCUCCUACUACUUCUUCAAGUGCUAUAACAACCACCACCAAUACUUCUUCUCCAGCUGUUCCUGCUACUAGUUAUGCAUUAUUUGAUCCAAAGAAUGAAAAUAAUACAGCCAUGAUUAAAUUCGUAGGAACUCCUGAUUAUUUGGCUCCUGAAACCAUUGAAGGAGUUGGACAAAGUGAAGUUAGUGAUUGGUGGUCUUUAGGAUGUAUUUUAUUUGAAUUUAUUUAUGGUUAUCCACCAUUUCAUGAUGAAACUCCCGAUAAAGUAUUUAAGAAUAUUUUAAAUGGACAAAUUGAUUGGCCAGAACUUAGUGCUGAAGAUGAUGAAAUGAUUUGUCCACCAGAUGCUAAAGAUUUAAUUAAGAAAUUAUUAAAUGUUAAUCCUGAAUUACGAUUAGGAUAUAAUGGAGCUGAUGAAAUUAAACUGCAUCCUUAUUUCCGAGGUAUUAAAUGGGAUACAUUAUUUAAUGAAGAAGCAUCAUUUAUACCGGAAAUUGAUAAUCCUGAAUCAACAGAUUUCUUUGAUCCUCGUGGUGUAGAUACUUCUCAAUUCCCUAUUGAUAAUGGAAGUGAUAGUAGUGAAGAUGAAAAAUCAAGAUCAGAUUUAAAAUCAAAAUCUCGAUCUGAUGAUUCAUCUAAUUAUUUACUUUUACCUCCUGGUUCAAGUCCUAAUUUAAGUGGUAGUACUAAAAAGGAAAGAAGAGGUAGUAAAUUAUCUGAUCUUUCUGAAUUUGGUUCAUUUACAUUUAGAAAUUUAACGGUAUUAGAAAAACAAAACAAAGAUGUAAUUAAUCGAUUGAAAAGUGAACAUUUAGAACAUCGAAAUAGUUUUUCAUCUACAUCAUCUGAAUCUACUCCAUCUUCAAGAUCUCGAGGAUUUUCUUUUACUGGUGGUAGUCCAUUUAAACGACCAGUUUCUCCGAUUGGAAUUCGUUCUCAAUCUCCUAGUAAAUAUGCUUCUGAUACUAUAAGUUCAUCAUCACCUCAAUCACUAAAACAUGAACGAGUUGAUUCAGCUGUUAGUGUUUAUUCAAGUGGAGAUGAUGAUCCAUUACAACAACAUUUACAGCAGCUGCAACAAUUACAACAAAAUCAACAAAAUCAACAUCAUCAACUGCAUCAACAUCUUCAUCAUAGACCAUCACUUAGUAUGUUACAAAAGUAUCGAGAUUUUUCAUCAUCUAGUUCUGAUACUGAAGAAUCAAAAGCCUCAGCAUUUCUUCGAGUUAAAAAGCGUAGAGAAUCAUCCAUGAGAGAUUUUAUUGAUAAUGCUAGUAUUACUAGUACUGGAGGUGGAGAUACAUCAUCCAUAUCAAUUCAUCGAGAAUUAUAUGUAUUAUAUUGUGAACCAAUUCCUAUUGUUCGUCAUAGUGUAUGUAAAUUAUUAGAAAGAAGUGGAUGUAUAAUAUUAACUAUAUCAGAUGGAGAAGAAUUAAUUAGACGAGCUACUAGUAAAGUUAAAUUUGAUGUAAUACUUACUGCAUUAAAAUUACCUAAAGUUGAAGCUAUCGAUGCAGUUAAAUUAAUUAAAUAUACUACUACAUCAAAUUCUAUAACUCCAAUAGUGGCAGUGACUGGAUUUGCUAAAGAAGCUUUGGAAUCAGGAGUAUUUGAUUAUAUAUUAGAAAAACCAGUGGUAUAUGAAGAUAUUAAGAAAUGUUUUGAUACUGUUAAUCCGGCGGAAGAUCCUCACCUCAGUAUAGUUGAAAGACGUCAAGUUCGAGCUUUACAAAUUGCUAAUUAUUCACUAUAUAUAUUGGUGCUCACUAAUUUAGGUGAUAGUAUUCGAGAUCAGUCUCCGCGGGUAAUUGAUACUAAUCAACAAGUAUUUCCCGAAGUGAUAUAUCAUCCAUGUAAGGGGAAUGGGAAUGGGAAUGAAUUCCGUCAAGGUAUGGAUCUGACAGUAUACUUAAAUAAUGUGGCUAUUGCUCAAAUAUAUAAACAAGUAACUCUUGUGUUUGAUUUAGGUAUUGCUGAUAAUGGAGAUGGGAUGACGGAUUUAUUGAAGGGCAUUAUAUCAUUAACUAAACAAUGUCCCAGUCUUGAAUAUAUGGUAUGGAUACGGAAAUGUAUUCCGAUGGAAUUAGGUAGUACAAUUGGUAAACAAUUUAAAUUACCUGUACAUUUACUUAAACAGAUAAAUAUAUUGGGUUUUGCAUUUGAAACGGAUUAUAUUCCCGGUGAUUGUUUGUUAUCAUAUACUGAAAUGUUAGAAUUAUUCCCCAUAUUACCUUUACAAUGGCUUAAUGAUCAAAAGAAUCUUACAGUACUACAUAUUGGUGAGAAGGUAAGAAUUACGGAAGAUAUAAGCACUUAUACAUUCACUAACUUAAAUAAUCAUGGAUUUGAAAGUUAUGAUGUGGACUUACAGAACCGUUGGGGGAAAUACUUUCUCACUCGAUUACUGAAACCGUUUAUGGCCAAAUUGUUAUUAAGAAACUUUAAGUGUUUAUCAUGGAAUUGGAAACUAAUCCCUAAGAUUGAUCGAUUAGUAUUAAUCGGUUAUGAUCAUUGUUUAGAUCAGACGGAUAUGCUGUAUAUAGCAGCUAAAUGUCAAAAACUUCUAUUUAUGGGUCAUUAUGAUAUUAUAGUUAGACUGCUUGGUUUUCGUCAAUUUUGCAAUAUCUCCGUAAUUAUCUGUCAUGAAAGGGAACAUCGAGGCCUUGGUAGGUUUAGAGGUUUGGUUAGUCUGUAUGAGUUUGGCAGUUUCCAUUGGUCAUUCCAUGCCAACCGGAACUAUUUAGAAGGACAAGAGUUCCUGUGGAAGGCGGUGGCUUUACAUAUGACAGGAUUAACUGUUAAUGAAUUAAAUGAAGUUACCAUUAGAGAUGCCGAUAUGGUAGCGCGCAUCACCUGA